AUUUCACCCUGGAGGCUGUGCCAGAAAUAGCUCGACUUCUGGGAAAGGAAGGGAAGCCAUUUCCCCCUCCUUCCCUUAACCUGGCGAUGAGCUCCGGCGACCGGCUCCGGAUUCUCCCUCAACCCGUGUCUGUCCGAUUCGAAUCCGACGGCUGGAGCUCCGAGCGCUGACAUUGCGUCCCAGGUCUUGCGGCCGAUCAAUGGGAGGAUCGAAGGGUGGCGCGACGGCGAGACACCGGUUUCCAGCACCCGACGAGGCCGGCGAUGACAUCGAAUGCUCCGGUCGGUCGUGCCGGUCAUGCACCGCGGUCCUUCUCGCCGACUGCAUCGCGUUGGGCUGCUGCCCGUGUGCGGUGGUGAACUUGUUAGCCUUGGCCUUGUUCAAGGUCCCUUGGGUGGUGGGGAGGAGGUGCCUGAGAUUAUUGAAGAAGAGGAGGGGUUUCACGAAAAAAAGGGUGAGAGAUGAGGGAAGGGGAGAGCAGUGUGGAGGGAUGAGAAGAAAGAGUAUCGAGAUGGGUAUUAUGGGAAUAGGGUUGGGAGAGGAUAGGAAUAUUGGAAGUUCGGAUCUUGGGUUUGAGGAAUACGAGAGGGUGUGGGCGGAGCUGUAUGAGGUCGGGCAUUGGGGGUUUGGGAGGGUGUCCUUCUCGGGGUUGCCGGGUGGGAGGGGCAUUUAGGGAAGAGAGAUGGCAAAUGCUGCUCAAAAUGCCCCUGCCAUUUUAGGUGUAGCUGAAACUUGGAAGGCGAUUAGCGUGGGGAUGAUGGGCGUGGAAAGUGUCGCUGACAAUGGACGCGCGCGUGAACGGCGUGUUGGGUUGUGGGUUUAGUUGCCUCUUCUGUUCAAAGUUUCAGAAUUUGUGAGAGGCGAAAGAUGCCUUCACAUGGGUCUUGUUCCUUUUCAAUUCAGAAACUUGUGCGACUUGUCUAUCAUUUUUUUAAAAAAUGUAUUCCCUGGAGCUGGAUGUUCAUCACUGUACGUUGUGACGAUGGUUCUGCUUGA